CUUUAUACAGUAAUAAUAUAUUAUUUAGAAAAAGCAAAAAAAAAAUCAUUGAAUUUUAUAGUAUUAUCCAGGAAGUAAAACAAUGAAAAGCUUUCUAUUUAAUUUGAAUGAAUUUGUUAAAAAUUAUACGACAUUAUCAUCAAAUGAAUAUCAAACUUAUAUUAAUUCAACAUCAGUAAUGAAUUUAGAUUAAGCCAAAAAAAAAUAAAAUAAAGUUGAUCUUUUUCUAGAUUAUCAAAUUACCUCAAUUAAAAUUUGAUCAUUGUAAUGGAUCAGAUUCAAGUAAACGUGGUUAUCCAUGUACAUUAUGGGUCUUAUUUCAUAGUAUGACUGUUAAACAAGCUAUACUAGCUGAACAAAAUGCAUUACCAUCAGAUAUCAAACCAUCUGAUGUUAUUGUAUCAAUUCGAGAAUUUAUUGGUAACUUUUUUCUUUGUGAAGAAUGUGUUACACAUUUUGUUAAUAUGACAAUUAAUGCUGAAAAUGAAAUAAAGUCUCAUCGUGAAAGUAUUCUUUAUCUUUGGCGAAGUCAUAAUAUUGUGAAUAAACGACUUCGAUAUGAAGAAUAUACCAAUGAUCCGAAUUGGCCAAAAGUACCAUUUCCUACAAAAGAACAAUGUAAUCUUUGUGUUCAACAAAUAGAUGAGAAUGGUGAUGCUACAGAAUAUAAUGAAAAUGAAACGUAUAAAUUUUUAAAAGAAUUUUAUUCAUUAAAUAAUUCAAUGAGAAUUCAAACAUAUAACCUUAUUUUAUUAUUUUCAAUUGUCAUUCUUAAUAUAUUAAUAUCAAAUAAAUAA